GGGGAAAUGUAGUCAGAUUUGUAAGACUCGCAUUUUCCGUUCGAAAUCAAGGACAUCAAAACUAAGUAAGGUGGAAAGUGAAGAGCAGCACCCCUAUCGAGCAGAUAUUUUUGCUCAAGCUGGAAUCCAAUCAGAGCCUCUGAGCACAGGAGGCACCUCCUCUCUUAAACAUCGUCACGAGUGAACAGAGAACUUUCAUUCCUAAUAGUUCUCCAAGUCCUGCAACCACACAACCGCUGGAUCCUGCGAACACAACUAAUGGCAAACCACCAAUAGUGCACUCUGUCUUUUCCACACACUGUGAGAUAUAAAAGGGAUCCUGGAUGGACCUGGGUGAUAACAGCUGGUCCAUGGUCAAGCGCGAGGUGUCCAGCAGCAGCCCAGGGUCUCCGGCUGAGCAGAGCUACCUGAACACUGACCGCAGGGACCGGCUGAGAUCACCGGCGCCGACGCACCUGGACGCGGUGGAAGCGCGUCGCGCCGAGGGCAGGCCCCUACACUCCUACCUCCACUUUGGCCAUCCCAACAACGCCCUGUCCAAUUCUGACGACGUUACACUCUUCACGGAUUUAGACCACGGCAACAAACUCAUCAUCUCAGGUGGGCACACCAGGGAGACGCAGAAGGGAGGCUUAAUUGUGGACCCUAUCGACAUGUAUCAGACACUGGCCAUCGCCGCGGCCCAGAGUCAGGCCGGUUAUAACGACACGCCACCGACCGGUUACAUGCACUCCAACCCUAAUUCUCCCGUUUAUGUGCCGACGUCUCGCGUUGGGACGAUGAUACCGAGUUUGUCGUACCUACAACCCGGCGUGUCAUCGCAGCCGAGCCAUGCCGUCAGCAGUCAUUCGGUCUGGUCACAGUCCGCCCCAGAGAGCCCGUCUUACAGCACUGGAAGCCCACACACCUCCAGCCGUUUCCACUACUCCCCAAGUCCGCCUAUGAAUAACGGCACAUCUAGAGAUACCAGCUAUACGAAUCCUCUGAAUGUAAACAGUCGAGAGCAGUACCUGUCACGACCAAUAAGUGGAUCUUACACGAGCCCGUAUUCUCCGUAUGCUGCACCGCAGCUCUCCCAGUUACCGGCGGCGUGGCCCGCGGGGCCCUUCGAGAACUCCAUGCUGCAUUCCCUGCAGUCCAGAAGCGCACCGCUGUCUAUCAGGGGACCAAACGGAGAUUUGUUGGAGGACAUGAUGGAGAGCCGCGAGUGCGUCAACUGCGGCUCCAUUUCCACCCCGCUGUGGAGACGCGACGGCACGGGUCACUUUCUCUGUAACGCCUGCGGUCUCUACAGCAAAAUGAAUGGACUCAGCCGACCAUUAAUUAAACCUCAGAAGCGUAUGUCGUCUUCGAGGCGGAUCGGCCUGUCAUGCGCGAACUGCCAGACCAGCACUACAACACUGUGGCGCAGAAACGCAGACGGAGAGCCCGUGUGCAACGCGUGUGGACUUUACACAAAGUUACACGGGGUGCCUAGGCCCCUUGCCAUGAAAAAAGAAGGUAUUCAGACAAGGAAAAGAAAACCAAAAUCCUUGAACAAAACAAAGGGAUCAUCUGGAAGUAGUUCUGUCCCAAUGACUCCAACGUCUUCAUCGUCUUCUAAUUCAGAAGAGUGCACAAAGAACAGUCCUUCAUCAACACAGGUCAACUCUUCGAUGCUGGUGUGCCAAGCUGAUGUUCCAGGCACAACUGGCUCCAUGGUGAAGUACCCCGGCCAGGAGAGCCUGUACACGAAUGUAGGCCUGACGUCCACAACUGAUGUGGCAACCUCUGUGAGAGGGGACACUUGGUGCCCCAUGGCCUUGGCCUAAAACCUGGCAUUAUGGGAUGGGAGCCAUUUGCUGUCCUUCAGCUCUCUUGAAUGUCCCUUGGCGUUGUUCUUCAAAUCUCUCAGGCUGUGUGUGGGGUGUCAUCUGUUUUUGGUCUGUGUUAGUGAUUUUGAGCAGAGGCUUGAUCUGUUCCAAAUACUCCAGUUUUGGUUUCACCUGUGGAAUACUGGACAUCCAUGACGGAGAUGAUCUUUUCUACUCUGCACUAGAGGACGAUACCUGAGAGCGUCUGCUUUAACGUGCCUUCGGUACUUUCAGAGCACACCCUGCACCGCGAAUGUUGCUCGGAAGAGUAAGUGGAUCAAAAAUGAUUUCUUGAAAGUAGUAUUGUACAUGUUAAUGCUAACGGAUACUUCGCCCAUCUGGAAAGACAAAGUUGUUAUUCGGAUUUUGGCGAUCUGAAGAGAAAAUGUUUGAUCUUUCUGAAACUGGAAUUGAAGAUGAUGUGUCAAGGUGUUCUUUUGAGGAAUGCAAACAUAUUUAUGAAGCUACAGUUCAAUGUUCAAAUAAUGCAUAUAUUUGUCAAUAAAGAUCAUUUCAAAUAGUG